GGUGAGAGGUCGUUCUGUUUUUACGUAAUUCUCGAUUCGAUAGUUGUUUCUUUAUUGCAUUCGCGCAUAAAUGUUUCGUUCAAUCACCGUGAAAUAUACGUACAAAUCGAGGAAGAUUCGUAGAGCACCAGAUUUGCCUCGUAGUUCGCGUAAUUACUACGAAUUGAGGGGAAAUGGCUGAAUCAAUGGAAGGUAGUGGCGAGUACGUUGGCCACGUGGCGAAGCGUCUCACGUCGGAAGAGAUCGAGAGAAUGGAGACACAGAAUUCUCGUUUAGUCUCGGAGUUUCGGGCAAAUCAGCUCGAAAAAGACGCCAAGAAAUACUGGGAUAUAUUUUAUAAACGAAACGACACUAGAUUCUUCAAAGACAGACAUUGGACCACUCGAGAAUUCAGCGAAUUGUUGGGCUUGGGGACGGAAUCGAGACCAAAUGUGCUUCUCGAGGUGGGCUGCGGCGUUGGCAAUUUUAUAUAUCCAUUGAUCGAGGAUGGAUUAAAAUUCAGAAAAAUAUUUGCUUGCGAUCUCUCCCCCAGAGCAGUGGAGUUAACGAAGAAACACGUGCUCUACGAUCCAGAGAUCAUGAAUAUUUUUCAAACCGAUAUCACGAUGGAUAAUUGUUUCGCCGACGUGGAUUGCCCGAUAAAUGCAGCUACUUUAAUAUUUGUUUUAUCGGCCAUACAUCCCGAAAAAUUUCGAAAAGUUGUGGAAAAUUUGUAUAGUAUCCUUGACAAUGGAGGAGUUGUGCUCUUGAGGGAUUAUGGUCUAUAUGAUAUGGCUCAAUUGAGAUUUAAACCUGGCCAUAAAAUUAGUGAAAACUUCUACAUGAGACAAGAUGGAACCAGAACAUAUUAUUUCACCGUGGAAGAAAUAUCAACUCUAUUUGAAUCUGUUGGCUUCAAAACUUUAACAUGCACUUACAUACAGAGGCGUACUGUAAAUUUAAAGGAACAUAUAGAUGUGCCUAGAAUCUUUGUCCAAGGGAAAUUUGAGAAACCUCAGUAAUCUUGAUACACCAGAGAACUUUGCAUUGAAUUGGGAGCAUGGUGGAACUUAAGAGUACCAUUGCAUUUGACUAAACCAUUCACUAGCAAUAGUGUUAUUGAAAUCAACUAAAAUGCGAUGGAAAAACCGUAACUUUCCAACACUACACUCGCGAAACAUUGAAGCGCGAGUUUGAAUUGGUAAGACAACAUUCGAUAUAUCGAUACAAUCGAUUUCUAAUAUGUCGAUGAUGAAUCUUCUUUUAAAUGAUUUAAAUGAUUCACAAUCUAUUAGCUCUAUCUGAAAUUCUUUUAUUAUCGUUAUAUUUAUAAAAUUAUUCGAGGACGAUUGCGAAUGAUAAUUUCUUUACAGGUUAACAGACGGCUGCUCCAGAA